ACCUGCCCGCCUUCAUGGGGACGCUCUUCAGCUACGCAGCCAACCCGGGCCUCAUCAUUCCAGCUGUGCUACUCAUGGUACUGGCCAUCUACUACCUGAACUCAGUGUCUGAGGCCUACAUGAACUCCAACAUGGAGCUGAAGAAGAAGAUGCAGAUGGCUCGGGACGAGGAGAAGAAUCGGAGGAACAACACAGACAGCACCAAUCAGGUUAUGAAAGACCUGGAGGACCUGCUGCCCAACCACUCCCUCGCCCCCCCCGCCCCUCCACCGGAGCCUGAAAAACCUCCAGAGCCUGAAGCAAAGCCGACCAAGACGAAACCCGGCAAAGCAGUCAACCUGCAGAGAGACGUGGCUCUGGCAUCACCCAACCCCAACGCUCAGAGGCCAGUGAGUCGGCCUCCGGGGCCCAGAGGAGCGGGGCCGAUGCCGGGGCCAGGCCGGGGCCGCGGGAGAGGGGCCCCUCCGAGAUAAGAAAAUCCACGGCCCUGCAGGAUGUGUUCUGCUUCUGAAAUCAUCACAUCAGGAAAACGUCGUAAAAACCCACAGGAGCAGACUUCAAUAUGUUUGUUUGAUGGACGAUAGAGACAGUUUUUCUUAUUUAGCUUUGAGCUCAUCAAACGCAGGAAACAAUGAUUGUUCGUGUCCACACUCACUAAACCAAAAGGAAAUGUUAAAGCAUAAUUUCAUCCUGUUCUGUUCAGAUGAUUUGGAGAACAUCGGCCUCAUGAUCUCACCUCAGUUUGUUCCUGUAUCGUAUGUAAACACAGCGUGGUCACGUCUGACGUCUCGCUGACCUCCAGCUCA